UUGCAGCCUCGCGCCUUGUCUGAGUGCCGCUGUGUGUGCUCGGUCGGUUUUAGCUGGAGCCCACAUUUUGCUAGCUUAGCGCACACAAGCUACCAAGAUGUCGAGAGUGUACAUCGGGAGAUUGAGCUACAGGGCCAGAGAAAAGGACGUGGAGAGGUUCUUCAAAGGCUACGGGAAGAUACUCGAAGUCGACCUGAAAAAUGGGUAUGGGUUUGUUGAAUUUGAUGACCCCCGUGAUGCAGAUGAUGCUGUGUAUGACUUGAACGGCAAGGAGUUGUGUGGGGAAAGGGUCAUUGUGGAGCACACCAAGGGACCCCGCCGUGAUGGAGGCUAUGGUGGUGGCGGCGGCGGCGGUGGUGGUGGAAGAAGUGGAUAUGGGCGCUGGGGAAGAGACAGAUAUGGUCCACCUAUAAGGACAGAUUAUCGGCUCAUUGUUGAGAAUCUUUCCAGCCGCUGCAGUUGGCAGGAUUUGAAGGACUACAUGAGGCAGGCGGGGGAGGUGACUUAUGCUGACACCCACAAGGGACGGAGGAAUGAAGGGGUGAUCGAGUUCAGGCUCUACUCGGACAUGAAGAGGGCUCUGGAGAAGCUCGACGGCACAGAAGUGAAUGGUAGAAAGAUCCGGCUCAUCGAGGACCGCCCCGGAGCCAGGCGCAGCAGACGCUCUUAUUCCCGCAGUCGCAGCCGUUCCAGGUCCCGCUCCAGGAGCCGCAGGUCUCGCAAGAGCCAUAGCCGCAGUGAGAGCAGCAGUCGCAGCCGCUCCCACUCCAGAGCUGCGUCCCGCUCCCGCAGCCGAUCUCGUAGCAAGAAGAAUAAGGUCAAGGGCAAGAAGGAGGAAGAAGAGCGGAGCAACGGUGCUCAGAAGAACAAGGACCGCAGCAGGAGUCGCAGUCCCAAGAGCAAAAAGAGCAAGAAAGAGGGGAAGAAGAACAAGAAGGAAGACUCCAGGUCCAGAUCUCGCUCUCGCUCCAGGUCUCGCUCCAGGUCAGGAAUGAAGGAUCGCUCCAGGAAAUCUGGCUCAAAGGGCCGCGAGCCACCUAAGAGUGACGACGAGGGAGGUGAGCCUGAGAGGGGCUCCCGAUCUCGUUCAUGCUCCCCCGCUGAAUCCAAAUCCAGAGCCAGGUCUAAAUCAAAGUCCAAAUCACGCUCUCCCACACCCGCCAAAGCCCACUCCCGCUCCCGAUCCGCCUCCCGCUCAGAGUCCCGCUCUAAAUCCCGCUCCCAGUCUCGCUCUCGCUCCCGUUCCCGCUCUUAGUUCAGAUUUUGGACUGUUUGUCUUGAGCCCUUAUCCCAGUGUUUCCCCCUGCCCUCCAUUUACAUUCCCCAGACCCCACAACACUACCCCUGCCUCCUGUUUUUUGAUAAAUAGUUGUAGAAUACCAGGCACUCGUGCUCGAUGUCUUUUAUGCACACAUUGUUCCAUUUCAUUUGACUUUUACUCGACAUAUUUUUUCAUUAGAGCUGUCUCGUGUGGGGGUGUUUGUAAAAUAUCAGGGUGCAAUCUCAGUUUUAUAAGUUUAAUUGAUGGUAAGGUAUGUGUCUUAGCCUUUUUUUAAUCAAAUGUAAAAGCAUACUGUGGUGGGAAUAUGUUCUAACGUCUCCUCACCUUUUGUGAAAUCCUUGUAUCGUUUUAUUUCGGAUUAAAAGAAAAUGCCUGUAA